CGCUUUUUUUCUCAUACAUUUCCUGAUCUGUCCCUGAAUCGCCGCGUUUUCGCUUCGCUCGGAAUAUAUCGAGAUGGACGAGUCUCAGGUGCCAAUGACUGAAUAUGAACAGAUCAAGUUUAAGAUGAAUCAAACAACAGAUGAGUCACUGGAGGCUUCGCGACGCAUGAUGGCCAUGUGUGAAGAGGCCAAAGAGGCGGGCAUAUCGACCUUGGUCAUGCUAGACGACCAAGGGGAACAACUUGAUCGCAUUAACGAAGGCAUGGACCAGAUCAAUCAAGAUAUGAAAGACGCGGAGAAAAACCUGGACGACUUAAACAAGUGCUGCGGAUUAUGUGUUCUGCCUUGGAACAAAGUCAAAAAGAAGGAUGACUACACCAAACAGUUACAGGAUGAGGAUGUACGGGGUGGUGGCGAUGGACCCCGCAUCAUUGUCGAUCAGAAUGGCUUAGGUCCCACAGGAGGAUAUAUUACUCGCAUCACUAAUGACGCCCGCGAAGACGAAAUGGAUAACAAUUUGCAGGAAGUUUCUGGAAUGAUCGGUAAUUUACGAAACAUGGCUAUUGAUAUGGGAAGCGAGAUCAAUCAACAGAAUGUACAGAUCGAACGGAUACAAAUUAAGGCAAAGUCCAAUGCCGAACGCAUCAAGAAGGCUAACGAACAAGCCCACAAGCUACUGAAGUAGCCCUUUACCUGGGGUUCACAUUCACCGUUAUCUGGUCACAGCAUUCCCCCGUUUCAUUCUCUAUUUCCUCUCUUGUCAAUCUUCCACACUCCGCGCAUUUUUGAUGUUUUCGGUGCUCUACUUCACAUACGCAGUUCUAUAUUAUUAACUGCACCUCGAUCCUUGUUUUCGUUCUCUGCAUUUACUUUACGCAAGAAUUCGGCCACAGCUCUUCCCAGAUUAUAUUGAUAGCGACACUGUUCGCUAUUCGCACUGUAAUUCACACUUAUGCACCAGAAGAUCUGCCUUAUUUUACAUACUCCUUGAGCCACCUACUUCCUCAUGCGCCAACUGACAGUCAUCUACUUCCCUUUGACGUCACUUAAAUACCGACUAUCUGUUUGUCCUUUCGUUUCUUUCUUUAAAUGCAUUUCACGACAGUACAUUUGCAUCCAGUCGCUCAUUUUCUUAGACGCUUUGGGCGACAAACUUCUUCACCCUCACAUUUGGACCACAGGGUUUUCUGUUAUCACCGGGUGUAACUUCACCUCCGCGG